CUCUUCUAUUUGCUCACUACGUUCUCUCUCUCAUCUCUACCCAUAUAUAAAAUCAUUACCAUCUCUCGUUAACUCACACAACGGAACCAGGAACAAGAAACCAAACACCCAACGAAUCACUGCUUCCAUAUCCACCUCCAGAUUAUUCACUUCAAAAGGUCGGCAACGAGAUUUUGAUAGUAUCGAUUAAGAUUAUAAAGAUGUCGUUUACAAGGAAAACUAUCCUUAGAAGAACUCAGAAGAAGUGCACACCAAAACAUUUAAGAAGAAAAUUUGGGCUUCUUGUAAGGCACAAGGGUUGUACGAAGCGCGCACACGCCUAUCUCCAAAAUUUGCAGACUAUGCUUAAAUUUCUAAAGCUAAAUGCCUACCUGGAUGAGCUAAAUGACAAGACUGAUGUGAUACUUGCCGAGAUGCGAGAGAUAAAAGCCGAACAAGAAGAGUUGAACGCUGAAGAGGAAGAGGUAAUUGCCGAACUGGAAACCACGGAAAGCGAAAUAAAAGAAUUAGAAAAAACAUUUGAAGAUAUGUUGCAGAAACACAUGGAAGAGGCAAUUGCUAGGGACCUAUGAAUUUACCAGAGGAUAGAGCCCUUAUAGGAACUCAAGAAAAUAGCAGCUCUUAGACGUUGAAUAGACAUCAUGGUUGGAGCAAAUCGAUACACGCACACACACAUACACACACACACAUAUAUAUAUAUAUGAACAUUACAAUUGCUUAUGCAAAUUAACGAUUGGAAUUAUAGGAGCAAGUAAUAAUUUAGAAUGAAAUAUUAUCUUGCGUGAUUUCAACUGUUAUUUUUAUCUUUGUUAUUUGUUUUUUCCAA